AUGGAGGCAUACCUUGUGGAGGUACGCAAAAUUGAAAAACAAUUCUUGGGUCUAGAACUGCAGCAUGUGCCGCGCGGCACAAACAAGGAUGCAGACGACAUCGCUAAGAGGGCGUCACGGCGCCUGCCUAAGGAGCCCGACGUCUUUGAGGAACGACUCUUCAAGCCGUCUGCAGCUCCGCCCUCAGCAGAACCAGUACCGCCUCGCGAGGACCUCCCUGAGGCCCCUUCGUCGGGCGCCCCAGCAUGUGGCCCGACCUCAGGAGCUCGCCUCCUUCUUGCGCUGGAACCUCAGGAGGGAUGUUGGACUGAGGAGUUCAAGGCGUACCUGCUGCGGGGCACCCUACCAGAUAAGGAGGAGGACGCAGAGUGGGUGGCACGUCAGGCUACAGCGUACUGCGUUCAGGAUGGUGAGCUCUACCUGAGGCGCCCAAACAACAUCUCCUUGCGAUGCAUUUCCAGGGAGUAG